AUGGACGAGAUUGGGUUCACAAUCUACCAUGGUAACGAAGCGCUGCAUCCCUCAAUAUCAUUGCUGGUACUAAAGUCUAGGAAACCGUCUGUCCUGAGCGGAUUCGGCUAUGCAGUCGACUCUUUUACUCUCCUUAUCCAGUCCAUCAUUGCUGGCCAAGCUGGCCUCGAGUUCAAUUCCAGCUAUCCCAACGGCCUUACUAUCGCAGUAUGCGUGGGUAUGCUCGUCGGCGCAUUGUUCUGGGGCAUUGGGGCGGAUGUUGUUGAACGAAAGAUUGACUUCAAUGUAUCGCUCAUCAUCUGCUCCCUCUUUGCGAGUGUGGCAGGUGCAAGCCCGAAUUGGGAGGUGUUGCGUCUGUUUGUAUGCUUGAACGCGUUUGGCGCCGGUAUCGCCAGUGGAUGCUUACGCUCAUGGCAGCUUGGUGGGGUACGUUCGAUGAACAAACACACAGUUGAAAGAUGGAACAUACAGCGAUAG